ACCCUACCGUUCUCCCCCCCCCCUCUCCACCGGCGGCGGCGGCGGCGGCACCACCACGACGAGCGCACCCAGAAGGAGGUAAAAUAUGGUGAAGUUCCUCAAGACCGGCAAGGCGGUGAUCGUCCUCCAGGGCCGGUACGCCGGGAGGAAGGCGGUGAUCGUGCGCGUGUUCGAGGAGGGCACCCGCGACCGCCCCUACGGCCACUGCCUCGUCGCCGGCCUCGCCAAGUACCCCAAGAAGGUGAUCCGCAAGGACUCGGCGAAGAAGACGGCGAAGAAGUCGCGCGUCAAGUGCUUCCUCAAGCUCGUCAACUUCACCCACAUCAUGCCCACCCGCUACACCCUCGACGUCGACUUCAAGGACGUCGCCUCCGGCGGGCCCGAGGCCCUCGCCACCCGCGACAAGAAGGUCGCCGCCUGCAAGGCCGCCAAGGCCCGCCUCGAGGAGAGGUUCAAGACCGGCAAGAACAGGUGGUUCUUCACCAAGCUCCGCUUCUAGGCGCUCAGUGCCCCCUCCUCUUAGUUGUUUGCUCUUGCUAUCAAAACCCUCCCUUUGAAUCUGUCUCUCUGUUUUGGUAUUGUCCAUGAAGACUUACUUCAUUGUUGUUAGUAUGGGAUCUUGGAUACUGUUUAAAUUAAGAACAUGACGAUGUUUCAUGUGUUAUGAAAUCAUGCCAAGGAUAGAUCUGGUUUUAAAUUUAGCUGAGAAUUACUGCUUUAAGAUGCUCU